AUGGCCGACGUAGCACAGCACGCCUCCGAGCGGCUCGAUUCUCCGAGCUCGAACCAUGAUUCAGCCAGUCCCAUUCCACCAGCGGAUUCCAGGGCUGACCUCCAGUCCCCCGUCCCGACCCCUCCUCCGAAAGAGGUUCUGUCCACGCUGUACGAACAGCGUCAGAAAUGCGAGCUGAGGCGGCUCCUGAAACACACCUGUCCGGAGCUGAAGGGCCUGGGAGACGCGCUGGAGGAGGAGUUCGCCGACAUACUAAACUCUGGCAUUACCGCAGACGCCGCAUACCAGGGUGAGGUCCAGUCGAGGCGCUGGCUAUUUGAGAACGGUGCCGUAAACACCGGGGAGUCAAACCACAAGCAGACUGAGAGGAGCGUUCAAGGUGAACACACGUUCGGACAGCUUCUGUCUUGCUUUCAGGAUGAAGGCUCCGUAGAUGGCGAGAAAGAGCAAACGUCGUACCCAGAACUUAACACGGCCCCACAGAAACAAGGUGAAGCACUUAAUGAAGAGGAGAACUUCAGGGUGGAUGUUAAAGCCACACGGAAAAUGUUUGAAGGUCAGUCAGCGGCCAGUUUUAAAGAUAAUCUGGAAGACCUGUUUCCUGGAAGGGUUGUCAUCGCAGAUGAAGAAAAAGGAGCGGUCCUGAAGCAAAAGAAGGACUUUGAGACGUAUCAAAACGACUCUGGGAGAAUAAACAGUCCGUUUAGCAUCGCUGAUAUUACAGAGGUGGAUCAAGAUGUCUGCGAGGUGUAUAAAGGCAUCUCCAAAGCCAAAGAGAUUUUUGAAACUGGGUUCUUCAAGGAGAACAUCUCAUGUGCAAAUGAGCACCAAACUAUAGAUGAUGAAACCGUCAAAACAAACGUGAGGAACAGAACUCAGAUGUUCGAGUCGACGCCUCUGGACAGAAUCAACUGGCAAAAAGAGGAAGAAUCCAAAACCACAGAGGAGCGCAUGUGCAAAACCCUGUCCUCACUUUACACCUUUAACGUGAUUCAAUCUCAGGGAACGGUUCUUGAAGCGACCGAGGCCGGGCACGUGAGAAGAGCAAACUACGUCCUCACCGAGAAUGAGGGUCCUGAAAUCCUACACGAGGAGGUCGUCAUGGGAAGCAUGAAGAGCAUUCUGCUUCAGAUUUUAGCCAAAGUGAAUCUCAACCCGCUCAUAGCCUUGCUGAAAGAAGACGAUCAAGGAAACGUGGAGAUCCAGACGGUUGACGUGCCGACUUACCAUCUACCAUUCACGGUAAACCAGGACAAAGAAUACAGAACUACCGUCAUGGUCCAGGUCAUCGAAGACCUGCUUGGGCAGGAAACUUGCCCCGGAAAGGGAGUUUUACUACAAGAACAUGAAGCGGGAUCAGUCAAAAUCGUGGUUUACGUUCUCUUCAGGCAUGAUGUCCAUGAUGGAACAGUUCUAAACAUGAUGGAGUCAAAAGACAUCCACGUUUUGUUAAGCGGAAAAGAUGACGACAACCCGAACGCCUGCAGUCCACCACCUUCCAUCCAGACGGACGCUCCGCGCUCAGACAGGCUUGAAGGAAACGGGAACGUGAAGCUGCUCAGAAGCUGCAUUGAGAACGGAGAUCUGGAUUAUUUAAAAAAUCUUCAGAAAAGUCCUUCAGAUGAAGAUCUACGUGAAAGAACUGCAGAAGAGGAGCAAAGUGUCAUUUCAAAAGGGAAUCUUAAGACUCUCAAAGCCAUGUUUACUCCAAAUUCAGACUCUGGGUCAACAUCUGCACAGCUCCACAAACCUGUCCAAGAAACGCUCAAGAAUAAACACGCAGGGACUGAAGGAUGCAUCGCCGACAACAUGAAUGUCUCAUGUCAAGAAGUAAAGCCAGAUGGUUUAGAUUCAGUAUUUCUGACAGAAUUGGUUCAUCCAGGAGAAGAGGAGUCAAACCUCGAGGAGGCCAUGAAGAGUCUCCACCAGGCCACAAUGGAGGCAAGAAGUCUCCAACAAAGUGUUCAGGAGAAGCAAGAGGACAACCUUCCGUUACCACCGGAUGAUCAGUACCUGACGGAGAUCAUGAGUGAAGGUUAUAUCAGCGAGACAGAGUCCGUAUUAAGCUUUGAGACCGGACAACAAGCAGGAAUGGACGAGAGCUUAAAGGGUAGCGUCCAGUCGGCUCUCGAUUCUCUCGGAAAAUCCAGCUUUAACGUCAAUAAAGGGGAUUUUAAAGCUGCCAUGAUUUACAGAAACUCUGGAAAAUCUCACACGGAGCAGAAAAAGGCAACAGACGUCAAGGCUGUCAAAAUGAGCGCUGAUAUGACUGUCAAAGCAUGCCCGUCUUCCUUUAUGACUGAACAGGUGACUGUAGAGACACAGCAUGCGAGUCAAGGCCAGUCUGCAAAUAAACCAUCGGCAUGCUCACCUCUGAUAAACCAAACACAGCCACCGGAGAGUAAGACACCACUUAGAUCUAAACCGGCCAUUCCACUCAAACCAGACCAUUUAAAGACGAUCCCUUGUGCCAGCAAGACGUCGAAUCACGAAACAAAGUCAGACAAACCUGAACAACGAUGUGAAGAACCUGUAGAACUACACGAUGCCCUGUUCAAGAAAGAAGAACAAUCAGAACCUGCCGGUGUGCCACCGCUAAACGGAAAUAAUCCAGAUAACAAUCCAAGCCAGGGUUUACAUCCUGAAGGACAAGUACUCACAGAGCAAGAAGGUCAAAGAAACCAGAAUGGUGCUGGCCCAGGGUUCCACGCCUCCCUGCAAAACUUCGGGGUGAAAACAGGCCCGGCGAUGCCACCCGUCAAACCCAAAAGACUCAAAAUGGCCACAGAUAGCACAGAACAGCAAAACACGACCAAGCCAGACGAAGGCGAACCCAAGGGACAGCCGGAAAGCACCGUGACGAUGAGGGAGAAAAAAGGCAGACGAGAGAGCGAAGAAGAACGUAGGCAGAGGUUAUCCGUGCACAUGGACGAAAUCAUGAGAGGAAACACCAGCACCGCCAUGGAAAUCAUCGACAAGCUGAGGAAGCAAGACGAGCUCAAAAGCAUUCUGCUGAAAGUCGAGGAGAUUGAAGAAGACACGAGUCAGGAACAUGAAGGUGACAUUAGGAAGAUAUUUGAAAGUGUACCGGAUUGGGUCGCUCCCAAGAACGCAGAGGUGGAAAAGAAAGUAGGGAAGGUGGAAACCAUAAGUGAAUCCGAAGUGCUGUCGUCCAUGCAGGUGGCUUAUGGAGACCUUGAAAGAGCAAGUGCAGCGAUAAAUACUCUAAAAGAACAAACCUUAUCAAGGCUCAUGGAAAUUGAGAAAACCAUCAAGAAAGCCCUUUACUCCGUGUCUACGUUAAAAUCCGAUUCGGACAUCGCAGGGCUGUCCGGUCUGUUCAAGGAGUCCAUGAUGUCCGGACAGUUCUCCCCGGUCUCAGGAAACGUACGCAAAAUCAGCAUCGGCUCAAGCAAAUCUGCAAAACCUCAAACCCCAAGCAACCAAGACGUCCCUCAGAAAAGUGCCACAGAAACACCAGUGCACGCGGAGAGAUCGAAAUCAGAGCUGGGUCCUCCAGCGAUCAAACCCAGAGCGGCAUCUCCUUCCUCGCCCUCGUUUAUUUCCAUCCAGUCGACCGCCAGAAAGAACCCAGAGAAAGCUCAGACCUCGACCUACAACGCUCCCGCCGCCAACGAGAAGCGGCAGGUCAGCACGCUGGAGGUGAAAACGGGCCCCAAGAAAGAGACCGUCAUCGGCACCAAGACCAUCAGGGAGAAGUACGAGGAGACGGACAGCUUCGGAAACACGUUCUACUCCUCCAAAACCUCCACGGUCGUGACCACUCAGGCUGACACCAAAUCAUGUUUCAGGGGACAGCUCGUGGGCAACCCGAACACGCCGGAAGUUGUGUUUCCAAGAAUCAAAACGACUUCCGUUAAUGGAGAUCAAGCAAGUUCAUAAGGAAAACGACAAGGGCUUUAAUUCUGCAACUAAAAAUUCCUUAAUUCUUCAAAACAAAGCAAUAAAACUCGAGCUUUUUAUAAUAAAAUGUAAAUCUGUGCCCUGUCUACCCCUCAGAUAGAAAUACUGUACAUUAUAUAAGUU